AUGGCGACGCCCUGGAGUCCGCAGCCGGAUGGCCUGGCGGAGCUCGUGGAUCUCUUCCGACAGUCGACGUCGACAGAGCGCGAUGUGCAGCGGCGCAUUGCGCAGCGCCUGGAUGCCAUCAGCCAAAUUCCCGAUUAUGUGAACUACCUCGUGCUGGUCUUUGUACGGAUGGACCAGGAGGAAGUGUCGACGCGCAGCGUUGCUGGUCUGCUUGCCAAAAACCAUUUGUACUUUAACUAUCAGCGUAUUUCGCCCGAGUCGCUCGAGUACGUCAAGGGCAUGGUACUUCCCGCGCUCUCGUUCCCCGACACGGUCCUCAGGAACGUCGCGACGCAGCUCGUCUCGGUCCUGAUGCAGGUCGUGCGCCCGGGAAACUGGGUCGAGGCGCUCUCGACGCUGACCCAGGCGAUGGAGUCGACGAAUAUGGACGAGGCCGAGGCCGCGCUCUCGACGCUCGCCAAAAUCUCGGAGGAUAUUCCCGAAGAGCUCGAUGGGUGCGAGAUCAACGGCGUGCGCCCGCUCGACGUGCUCAUUCCCAAGAUGCUGCAGGCGACGGCACACGGAGACGCGCGCAUCCGCGUGCACGCGCUCAACGCGCUCAACCAGUACAUCCAGAUCGGCUCGCCGUCGAUGAACGCGAACGUCGACGCAUACGUCGCUUCGCUCUUCCAGCGCGCGAGCGACGACCGCCCAGUCGUGCGCAAGUUUGUGUGCAAGGCGCUCGUAUUUGUCCUGAGCACCUGGCCCGAAAAGCUCGCGCCGGAAAUGAACAACCUCGUGGAAUACAUGCUCUACUCGACCCAGGACAAGGACGAGGACGUGGCCCUCGAGGCUGCCGAGUUCUGGCUCCAGUUUGCAGAGGAGACACGCCUCGCGGACCAGCUGCGCCCGUACCUGCCCCGCGUGAUCCCGGUGCUGCUCAAGUGCAUGGUCUACUCGGAGCUCUCGCUCUUGAUGCUCGGCGAGUCGAACGACGACGCAGAGCAGCCGGACCGCCCAGAGGAUAUCAAGCCGCGGCACUAUGGCGGCGCGACGCACCGCAGCGAGCGCGAGGAGCAGCAAGAGGCCACGACGCACCGCUCGCGCGCUGCGAUCGACGCCGAGUUUGACGACGACGAGGACGACGAGGACGAGGACGAUGACGACGACUUUGACGACGACGAUGCGCUCGGCUCGUGGAACCUGCGAAAGUGCUCCGCCGCAGCGCUCGAUGUGCUUGCCGUGCACUUUCACGACGAAAUCCUCCCGACGCUCCUCCCGCUGCUCAAGGAGCGCCUCUUUUCGGAGGACUGGAUCCAGCGCGAGGCGGGCAUCCUCGCACUCGGCGCGGUGGCCGAGGGGUGCAUGUCCGGCAUCGAGCCGCACCUCCCGACGCUCGUCCCGAUGCUGCUCAACAUGCUCCAGGACAAGCAGCCGCUCGUGCGGUCCAUCACCUGCUGGACGCUCGGCCGCUACUCGGCGUGGUGCGCCGGCGACGGCUCGCCGGAGCACCUGCAGCAGUUCUUUGUGCCGACGCUCGAGGGGCUCCUCACCAUGGUCCUCGACAACAACAAGCGCGUCCAAGAAGCCGGAUGCAGCGCCUUUGCGACGCUCGAGGAGGAGGUGGGUUCUGCGCUUGCGCCCUACCUCGGCCCCGUGCUGCAGACGCUCGUGCUGGCCUUUGACCGCUACUACCAAAAGAACAUGCUCAUCCUCUACGACGCCGUCGGCACGCUCGCCGACAGCGUCGGCCCUGCGCUGAACCAGCCGCAGUACAUCGAGGUGCUCAUGGCGCCGCUGACGGCCAAGUGGGCGGCGCUCGACGAUACCGAUCCGGACCUGAUCCCGCUGCUCGAGUGCCUUGCCUCGGUGACGAUCGCGAUGGGUCCCGGCUUUGCGCCGUACGCCCUGACCGUGUACCAGCGGUGCGUGUCGAUUAUCCACGCGAACCUGCAGGCGUACGAGCAGGCGGCGGCGAACCCCGACCCCGACCAGGACCUGCCAGACCGCACGUUUUUGAUCGUGGCGCUCGACCUGCUCAGCGGCCUGAGCCAGGGCCUUGGCCCGAGCGUGUCGGAGCUGGUCGCCAACGGCCAGCCCCUCCUCCUCCCCCAGAUGCUGCCGUGCCUCACAAACAUCGAGCCGCCGGUGCGCCAGAGCGCCUAUGCGCUGCUCGGCGACCUGGCCAUCUCGGCGUUUGAGCAGCUGCGCCCGUACCUCGGCGCGUUUAUGCCGCAGCUCCUCUCCCAGAUCGACCCCGAGCAGAUCCACGAGACGCUGAGCGUGUGCAACAAUGCGACGUGGGCGGCGGGCGAGAUUGCGCUGCAGUACGGCAGCGACGCGUCCUUCCACCAGUGGAUCCCCGAGCUGCUCACGAAGCUCAUCGCGAUUUUGCGGCACCCCAAGAGCGUCAAGUCCCUCUCGGAGAACGCCGCGGUGACGAUCGGGCGUGUGGGCCUUGUGGCGCCGCAGCUCGUCGCGCCGCACCUCAACGUGUUCCUCGAACCGUGGUGCCAGGCGCUGUGGGACAUUAAAGACAAUGACGAAAAAGACUCGGCGUUCCGCGGGCUCUGCGAGAUGAUCCGCGUGAACCCGAACGGGGCAACGCAGGGCUUUGCGUACUUCUGCAACGCCGUCGUGCGCUGGCAAAAGCCGAGCGCGCGCUUGAACGAGCUCUUUGCAGAAAUUCUGCAUGGCUUCCGCACCAUGUCGGGCGACAAGUGGGGCGAGACCAAGGCGCAGUUCCCCCCGGUCAUCCAGCAGCGCCUCGCAGAGCGUUACGGCGUGUGA